AUGAACGUAACACGUGUGAAUACAUCCACAUCGACAGCUUUGCACAAACAAGGAGCCUUUGAUAUGGAUAGUAAUGCCAUUUACAGAUCGCUACUGGUGAUUGGUCUUCUUGUAGCGAUUAUCGGGGUUUGGAUUGUCAUGAAAAUUCUAAGAGUUAGGAAAAAUGAAAUCCAUACUCGGCGGUAUGAUAUUUUGUCAGCAAAACAACUUGUUCCGGAGCAUAAUGGUUCUGAAGACAGCGAUGAUGAUUUAUUUGUUCCAGUACGAAGAAGUGAUUCCAUUAGACAUCUUAUACCAGCGAACAUACUCCAUGCGGUAUUAAGCGACAAAUAUGCAGUUGCAGCUUUGUUUUUCGAUAUUGGUUUUUUAUCACCAGCGCUUCAGUUAUUUUGCAGCAAAGUUUUUGUUUAUAUUUUUUAUUGA